UCUAUGUAACACAAGUAGACUAUGAAAUUAAUUUGAAUCGUUUCUCAAAGUUUAGACAAACCUAUUUACGUAGGGAAUGAAAUAUUUCGCGUAACCAUACAUUUUGACAUUCGUUAUUUUUGUUUAUAAAGCAUAACAAACAGUUAUCAAGAAACGUAUAUAUUUUACUAAGACAGUGCGAACCGCCAUUAUUUCGGUAAACCCUUCUAUUGUGUUACUGCUGUACCUGCAAGUGGGCGGAGUUUGCACCCAAAUUACACUGCUGCGUCUGCGCAUAAAAGGGCGAUAAUUCGUAAUUUCGUCGUAGUGCCACAGUGAGCUUCCUUGCAAUCUGUGGACCACGGAGAGUGCUGCUUGACUUCUGUUCGAGCCGUGGCCAUCGUCCAUCACCAAUCCUUCUCAUUUCAACUUCCAUCAAAUUUAAAAAUUCAAAGGACUUUUUGAACAAGAAAUUUGAUAUCUUCCUGUGACGUGUGACGUGGUGUUUUAUAGGCUAAUAUUUAGCUAAACAUUGCAGUGUACCAUAAUAUGUUCGCAUUCCUUGUGCGCUACCAUCUAGCUGCUGCAUUGGAACUGUGUUUUAACAUUGAAGAAAAACAAAAAGAGCUCAUAUCAAUGAUGGACAAUGCGGAACAGAGGGAAGAAGAUAACUGGGAGGAUUCGUGGGAGCCGAGCGGCCCCUUUCCGGCGCGGGGUCCCACCCUCAAUUGUAGCACGCCCUCUUUCGAGAGGGCUGUUACUGUAACCGCAUUUAGAGCGGACGAAAUAAGUAUAAUAAACACGGACGACGAGGAUUAUUACAAUAUCAGGGACUUGGUAUCAAUAUCCAGUGAUGAGACCACAGCAACGGACGACUAUGUCCCUGACGAUUUGUCGUUCUUUGGGGAAUAUUACAUGGGGGUUCCUCUUCAUGACUCCAUGGAGAACGUUUCAUCAAUUGAAGAAAUGGAUUUCUCGGAUUUUGUAGUAGUUCCGAAUGAUGACUAUCCUGCUGACGUAUCGGGUGAGAUUGCACUUGAUUACGUCGCUCCUGCUCAAGUAUCUGUCUCCAAAAUACGUGAGACUCCAGAUUAUGAGGUUCAUGAUGAGGUUGCACCAGAGAGCGACGCUCCUGCUGAUGCAUCGAUCUCCGAAACAUGUGAAUCACCAGACUAUGUGGUGGUUUAUGAGCCAUCGGUCUUUGAUAGAACGGGAUCCCUAGGUGUGACAGUAGUUCCUGAUGAAGUGGCACCUAAUAAUAGUUCGUCUGUUGGCGCGACGACGUCUGAUGACGUAUCGUCUUUUGAGAAAAUAGAAAGUUCAGAUGUAAGUGUGGUUAGUAAUGAGAAAAAAUCCCCAUUUAAAGAAGGAGCAGAUAAUGUAAUUCAAAAAGAUGAAUCCUCAUUUAAAGAGGAAGAAGAAAAUUUAAUUGACGAAGAUGGGUCGUCAUUUAAAGAAGAAAUAUCUUCAUUCGGUGUAGAGAAAUCCACAGUCGAAGAAGACGAUUCAUCAUUCGCAGAUGAAUCAUCUUUCGAAGACCAGUCAUCAUUCAAAUACAACUCAUCGUUCGAAGAAUAUAAAUCGUCAUUUGAAAGAAUGAGAUUUAUGUAUUGUUCUUUUCCCCCUGUGGCACCACCAGCACACACCUUGCCUAUGCCGAAGUGGGUUACACAAAAAUCUAAAUCAAAUGAACGUCCACAGCCGGUGGAUGAAGAUAUAUACAGAAACCCUCAGCCAGGACCCAGCCAUGCCCCAGAUUUUAAUAAUGCAGCAAAUGGGUCUGCGUCAUCCGCUGAAACAGAUCAACGCCGUAUACCUGUCGUGCCUAAUGAACCACUCAGAAAUUGGAUUCGGGCCUCAAUGCCAGAGGUAGCAAUGCCAGCUAACGAUAUUUGGUUUCCAAUGCCGCCGGAAUCUCCUCGGGAACCAUUAGAUUUUAGAAACUCCGUGUGGUCCACGGACCGCUUACAUGCGACGCUAGCACGCGAGCAAUUACUUAACCACAUACCUCAGCCAGACGAAGACCGAGUUGCCUUGUUCUUCCGACACUUCGAGCUCGGAACCGUACCACCCCCCUCAAAGUGGUAAGUAACAUGAUGAAUGAGAAUUCCACCGAGUAGUGCACAACUACUGGUACAUGUUUGUGAUCAUGCGAGGUUAGUUUAAGACAAGUCAGUUUACGCUACGUAUUUGGUCUGUUCUCUAAAACACAUUUUUAAUUUCAAUUUCUAUUUUAACUACAACCUUCAAGCUUUAAUAUUUAUUUAUACACAUUUUAUA